AUCAGCUCUUCUCUCCUGUACCCGGACAGUGCUCCUUUUCCGUUAGUGAGCCAGUGAUCAGUGGGUAGGUAACCUUCUGCCAGAGCCAAGAGGGAAGGAGGAAGGCGAAGAUGCUGGAGAAGCUGUGGGACGACGUGGUGGCCGGGCCGCACCCGGAGACGGGGCUCGAGAAGCUCCGCAAGGCCACCAUCUCCCGCCCGCUCGUCAUCGACAAAGGUGCGGACGCCGGGGGCGCCGCCGGCGGGAGCUACAAGCGUGCGCAGUCGAUGCCGACGACCCCGACGACGCCGGGGACGCCGUCGUCGACGACGCCCCGCGGCGGCAGCAGCAACAGCAACGUGUGGCGCAGCGUGUUCCACCCGGGGAGCAACCUGGCCACCAAGAGCAUGGGCGCCAACCUCUUCGACCGCCCGCAGCCCAACUCCCCCACCGUCUACGACUGGCUCUACAGCGACGAGACCAGGAGCAACCACCGCUAGAUCGGAGACGAACGGUCCCUGUCGGGCGCCAUGUUUGCUGGUCCUUGUGGUUAUCUAAAAGGGGCACGCACUGUACUACACGUUGCUGUCCGAGGCUAAAAGACUUUGAUUUACCGUUUGUUUUCUUCCUAUGCUAUGGAGUGAGUAAUGCUUAUACUAGUAGCAGUGGCCAGUUACGCUAACUCAGCUUGGCCGCUACCAAGCGGUAGCGACCAGCGGGCCAGUGGCUGGAACCCGCUUGGUGUGUACUAGCUUUUCUGAGUUUUCUCCAUCUGUAAAUAUUUGCUUCAGUGCAAUGGGACGUGUGAAUUGUACUGCUUCUUCCAUAGAGAAGAUUCCGUUCUCUAUUGCUCCA